CGCGCAGACGCUCUCGGGCCACGCGGGUAGCGGGGCCGCCGGCUGUGGGAACGGAGGCGUCGCCCCGCGGAGAGCCGGCGCGCGCUCAGAUUUCCAGGGUGACGGGUGGCCUCAGCCGCGGAGCGUGCGAGGGAGCCGUUGCUGGUCCGGGCUGCUCUCCUUUAGGCUCCGUGGGGUGGUCGGCAUGGCCCGUGGCAAUCAGCGAGAACUUGCUCGCCAGAAGAAUAUGAAGAAAACCCAGGAAAUCAGCAAGGGAAAAAGAAAAGAGGAUAGCUUAACUACUUCUCAGAGAAAGCAGAGGGACUCUGAGAUCAUGCAACAAAAGCAGAAGGCAGCUAAUGAGAAGAAGUCUGUGCAGACAGGAGAAAAAUGAUACCCAGCUCUUUGGGAAACCUGGGUGCUACUGCCAGCUGGUACCUCAUGCUCCAAGAUCGGGAUUCCUUAGAGUAACAAGCAUCACUGUGUUACAGCUCAUCUUCAUAAAACUGUUUACUUCAAACUUUCUUUUUCAGCCUCAGUGUGAUGUUCUAGAACCAUUCUUCAAAGAAUAAAAUGCUGUGCCUGUGA